UUAAGGACAAUGCUCUGCAUUUUGACGUCAGAAGAUUGAGUUAUAAAUAAACCUCUGAACUUCCAGUGACAAAUUUACGCAAUAAAAUAAAUUUUACAUUACAUUUGUUUUUAGCACAUUUUCAAUAAUGAAGCUGACUUUGCGACGUUAUUCGUUAUUGCUAUGUCUUCAAUUUACGUUUUUAUUAGCGGAUCUAUUUUUCAACACUUUUGCGCACAUUUUCUUACGUGAAAAGCUCCAAUUUUCAAUAUUGAUGUUUGUUACUCAGGAUGUUUUUAUAAUCUGUGAAUAUGUAUUUUUCACUUUUGCUGUGCACUCUACUUGUGUUUACGAGGUCGGCGGCGCCUCUGUAAUUUUGCGAAAUUGCAAAUUCUUUCUAUUCACAAUUCUCACCUACUUCCUACUCUCGGCCGCGCAACAUGUUUGGAUUGUUUAUAAUAUAAUGUGGACGCCAACUGCGGACUGGUCAAGUACUCUCACUGCCUUAGCAUUUGUGCAGCGCAUUGUAUCCUGUGCUUAUUACUAUAUUUGCAAACAUACGGCUUUAGUUGUAUCAGAUCCCAGAUAUUAUGAAGAGAAUAUUGACUGGAUUGCUGAACAACUGAGUGAUAAGUAAUACAGAAAUUAAGUGGCUAAUAAUUGUUGUUUAAUCGAGAUUUCAUUGAAAUAUAUUGUUUUUGUAAAAAAAUUCAGAAUACAGUUAUCUAAUCAAUAAAUAUAUUUGUUUGAGACAUUAAAAGCAAAAA